CUAGAUGGCGGGUCAGCUCUGCAGUGUGCGUGCAUGAUGGAAGACCACUUGCGGAGGGGUCGACCAGAAGUCCAAUGAAAGUGCAGACUAUAAUAUGGUCAACCAAUCCUGUGCUUUGGUGAAUGGGCAGUUGAAAUAGCGAAUGCUAAUGAGGGGGCAUGUGUUGCGAGAAGCGAAGUUUGGAGUCAGAAAAAUGAGUCUCAUAGAUCUUGAGUGAAAAGUUGAAGAGCAUUAUAAACAUGUUUUCUAUAUAUUGCAUUUUUGCUUUCGGGGUGGUUUUCCCACUACUUGCCAAGGAUUUUCCAGAAGCAGAAUACCUCGCCGGCGGGAUACAGGGAAAGGGUUUGAGACACUUAAGACCGAGGGAUCUUAUCAGUGGUGGGAACAUAACAAGCUUGGGACAUUCAAAACACAGUAAACGAAGCGCAGAAGUGACUGGGCUAACAUGCACAUCUUUAUCUGGAAUAGAGUCUACGAUAAAAAACAACACGCAUACUUUCACCUUCAACGUGCGGAGCAUGGGCUCCCUAUCGCUGGCCUGGGUGGGAGAUGGCGUGGGAGUGCUGUUGGUCCUGACCACGUUUCAGGUGCCGAUGUUUAUGAUGCAGUUCGGUCAGUCCAGCCUCUACAGAAGUGAAGACUAUGGGAAGACAUUCAAGGACGUGACCCACCUGAUUGACCACACCUUUGUCCAGGCUGAGUUUGGCAUAGGCAUCAGCCCCGAUCACUCCGGCAAGGUCAUACUGACCGGUGAUCGGUCAGAAGUCGGCGGCACUCGUGUGUUUCGUUCCCGGGACUACGGUCUGAGUUUCACUGCGUCCGACCUGCCGUUCUUGCCCCUCAUCCAAAUGCUGUACAACCCAGCCGACUGCAACAUUCUCCUCACACUCAGUAUGACAUUGGACCUGUGGCUGUCUGAGGACUUUGGCGCCACCUGGAGUAAAAUCCAUGAUAGUGUUUGUCUGGUCAGAUGGGGUACGCAGAACAGCAUCUACCUAACGACAAACCGUGACGGCUCAUGCAACGAUAAAGGAAUGCUGGAGUUGAAGAGGAGCAGAGACAACGGGAGAAGUUUCCAGACCAUCGCCACGCGGGUCUUCUCCUUUGUGCUAGGAGGGCGCUUUGUGUUCGCUUCCAUCAUGACUGGUUUGGGCACCGAGCGCAUGAUCCACGUGUCAAUGGACGGAGGAGACGUCUGGAAUAUGGCGCAGCUUCCUGUGGUCAACCAUGAGCAGUUCUACUCCAUCCUGACAGCCAAUCAGGACAUGGUCUUCAUGCACGUCGACGACCCCGGAGACUCCGGGGUGGGGACCGUCUACGUGUCGGACGACCGAGGCACCGUGUUCUCCAAGUCUCUGGAGCGCCAUCUCUACACCUCCACGGGCAGUGACACCGACUUCACAGUCAUCUCUUCCCUCCGGGGAGUCUACAUGACCAGCGUGCUCACACAGGAGAACACAGUGGAGACAGUGAUCACCUUCGACCAGGGAGCCAAGUGGCAAGCUCUGCGCUCGCCUCAGAACGGCCACUGUGACAUGCAAACUGCUGCGAAUAAGCCUGAGAGAUGCAGACUACACAUCCACGCCUCCUACAGCACCACGCUCAAGAUGAAUGUUCCCAUGCUGCCUCUCUCACAGCCCAACGCUGUGGGCCUCAUCCUGGCUCAUGGCAGCAUGGGGGACUCAGUGUCAGUGCUCUCCCCUGACGUGUACGUGUCGGACGACGGAGGCUACUCCUGGCUGCUGGCCCUCAGGGGCCCCCACCACUAUGCCAUCCUGGACUCUGGGGGCCUGCUGGUGGCCCUGGAGCACUCCAACCUACCGAUCCGCCAGAUCAAGUUCUCAACAGAUGAGGGUCAGUGCUGGCACGUGUACAACUUCACCAGCGACCCGCUCCACUUCAGCGGGAUGGACAGCGAGCCCGGCUCUCGCUCCAUGAACGUCAGCCUCUGGGGCUACAGGACCGACUUCAGCAAGUGGGAGGUGAUCACCAUAGACUUUGGAAAGCUGCUCCACAGAGACUGUGGUGAUGAGGACUACGUGAAGUGGCUGGCCCACUCUGCUGACCUCAGCGACCCCGGCAACGGCUGCAUGCUUGGCUACAAGGAGCAAUACCAGCGGCUCAAGAAGGACUCAGUGUGCUGGAACGGCAGGGGCUACGCCGUCGCCAAGCAGCCCACCCCCUGCCCCUGCACCAUGGACGACUAUCACUGUGACUUUGGCUACUACCGGUCAGAGCCCAGUGGGGAGUGUGUGGAGCAGGAGGAGAUGAAGGGCCACCCGCUGCAGUACUGUCUGAACGGGACCACGGAGCAGCUCCUCACCUCCGGCUACCGGAGGAUUCCCGGAGACCAGUGUGAGGGGGGAUUCCAACCGCACAGGGAGGAGACAGACCUGAGCAAGAGGUGCACCAGCAGCAGUCUCGAGCCCGAAUCCCUGCUCAAGGUCAGCGUGUCAAACACUGCUGUGAUCGUGAUGGUGGUCCUCGUUCUCCUACUGACUAGCGCUGCCACGGGCGUCUGGCUGGUGAAGAAAUACGUCUGUGGAGGGAGGUUCCUUGUGCACCGGUACUCUGUGAUGAGGGAACAUGCAGAGGCCAAUGGGUUAGAGGAAGCGGAACAUCUGGAUGCUCACACAAUGGAAUCUGGGAAGACACAUUACCAUGAUGAUUCAGAUCAGGACCUGUUAGAAUAAGGCGUGGACGUAUCAAAAGGACUUUUCAUCAAAGGAUCUUCAAACAUGUGAUUAAAGUAGCAUCUUCAAGACACAGCUACCCCUCUUUGCCUGCUGCCAAUAAACUCUAUUUCUGAGUGUGUUCGAAAUAUCUAGUACCUCUGGUGGAUAGAGAGCGCAUUUCUGUUUCCUGUGACAGAGGAAGUAGCCCACCAGGUGCAGAUAAAGGGAGUAGCCAACCAUGUGCAGAUAAAGGGAGUAGCCAACCAUGUGCAGAUAGAGGGAGUAGCCAACCAUGUGCAGAUAAAGGGAGUAGCCAACAAUGUGCAGAUGUCAAAGAGAACUAUGGUGGCCUUGGAGAAACAGUGUUUGGUAUUGUUUGGUCUGUCGCUAAAAUCUUCUUUUCUCUCACGGCCCUGAGGUGGGGGAGGGGGGGGGGGGUGUGGAAGUCAUGUCAGUAUUUUUGGGGUCACUCCUGAUGAACGAUAUGCCAACGUUGACCCUGGAACUGGGAUGUCCACACAAGUUUUUCCAGCUCUUCAGUGCAGUCAUUAAUUGUAGCAUAGAAUAGAACAGACACAAUUGAAUGAUGUUGCUUCAGUCAUUGAUGCUGUUGGUGAAGGCUGACAAGUUGAAGGCUGAAAGGGACAAUCUUGUUAUGACGAUUUAGGCUGUAACCGAAAAAAUAAGUUGACUUCAUGAUUAAAUAUUUCUUUGUUUGCGUGGUGGAUAUGAGACUUGAAUUAUUACCAAAGCACUUUGAUUGUUUGUCUAAUGUUAAAUAUAAUUGUUUAAACAAAACACUUGUCCUUUGUGCCAAUAUCAUAAAGAAAAUAAGAAAACAACUCUACUUGAAAAACAAUAAAAAAUAGUUUGCUAACUAUUUGUCUGACCACAGGUGCAGAUACAGUAACAUUAUCAGUGUCAGAACUUUUCUCACAUUAGACACAUUCUAUUUCAAGUCAAGGCAAUAUUACAGCAAUACAUAAGCUAUGGUAACAACAUUUUCUCAUGUAAAGGCCAAACCUAGGACAUUUAGACUAACUUACAACAGUAAGUUAGCAUAUGUCCAAGCAAUUGGUUAGUUAUUUACAUACAGAACAUGUCAUUUUUAGGAUUUAAGUUUGCACUGUAACUACAGAUCUGUGAAAAAGCAAAUUGAUGUUUCCACCUUCUUUUAAUUUAAUUGUCGUUUAACUGUUUGUGCCAACACAUUUGACUUCCAUUUGUUAUUGCAUCAAUCUUGCAUUUCUGUGAAUAUGAGAAAAAAAAUCCCCAUUAUUAUUCCAUAGUAAAGACAUUUAACAAUAUUCUUAUAUUUAGAAAAUAUACCAUCAUUUAUAUGUACGCGUGUUUCUGUUUGACUAAAGGCAAAUAAAACUGGCUACACUGU